AUGGCGGCGAAGCCUGCCCGCGCGGGGCACGGCAACGGCCGCCCGCCCCCUCCAGCUGUGAGUGAGAGAAGUGCUCGGCGAUUGGUGGGAGGGGGAGCGGUUUUGGCGGGUGACGGGUGGUUGGUUGUCCGUCGUGCUGAGGGGAGCCGCCUUCACUUCUCUCUCCUCCCGUACCUUCUCGUCCUUUCCCGUCCCCUCUGCUCCUGUUCCCGGCGGUCUCGAAGGCAAUGUCUUAAGAUACUAGAAGAGGAUUUUCCAGAACUAAAUAAGAGAAGCAGUGAUUUGUGUCUUAUGUCAAAAGCUAUGAGUAUGCAAGCGCUGCAUGCUGAUGUGAAGGAUGAAGACACGGAUUUUUUGUAUUUCUCUUCUGUAAAAACAAAAACUGAUUUUAAACUUGGGCUGUGUGGUGGCAACUUGCAAAGGCAAGCAAGGCCCUUCGAUCACGAUACUGGAGACAGAAAUGUUAAGCACCUGGUCUCUUCAAAUGGUGGGCUGAAGGAUAAACCAGCUGUAGCUCCAUCAGCAAACACGGACAAGAAAACUAUGGAAGAUAUUGAUGAAGCUUUGUUCAUAGCUGUUGGUAAUCUCAGCCACUUAUAUUAUGCAGAUGGGACGCUGAAAUAUUUGGAAUUGAAAGUGAAGGAGGAAGGAGACAAAGUUGCAGAAACAGCAAAUAGAACAUUUGAUGAACUUAUUACUUCUCUCCACUUCAGGAAGAAGAAAUUGUGUGCAGAGUUAGAAAACAGCAUCAACAGCUGCAGUACUGGUAUUGCAAAAGCCAAGGAGGUCAUUGAAGAGAAGAAAAGGUGCUUGAUUAGUGCCAUUAGGAUUGCAGAGGAAUUAAAAAUUACACCUUCUGCAAGAACCUAUUGUGACCUUGCUCAGGUUAUUUAUAAUUUAAAGUUGCCAGUUGAGGCUGAGCUCUCAAGAGUGGACAGUUUGAAAGAAAAAAUAUCUCCAAGAUUCUUGCUAAACACUGAUGAAAUCACAUCUUUGUUGGCAAAUUUGGGCAAGAUUGAAUGGGGAACAGGAGAGCAUGAAGAUAAUGGACAACACACUCUCAUCUUUGAUAACGAAGAAACCCCUGAUGUCAUAAUAGAAGAAAUACUUGAAGACAACCUGGAAAGUUCAACAGAGUUAGUGUUCGUAACCCAUGUUAUAGAUCCAUGCCACUUCUAUAUUCGGAGAUACUCACAGAAGAAAGAAGCAGGAGUUUUGGCGAAGAAACUGAAAAACUUUUGUUGUAGUAAGAGUUCAUCUCUCUUGCCUUCAGAUAUUUUGGAGCUAGGUGCUGGAACUUUUAUUAAGAAUAAGGAAACUGGAAUGUGGUGCCGUGGAACUAUCACUGAACUAAUUCCCCUCAAAACUAAAAAUAACAGGAAGCCUUAUGGUCCAAUAAGAUACAAAGUUUGUGAUAUUGCACUGCUGGAAGUAUUCAUGAUUGAUUUUGGGAGCUCUGUAGUUCUAACUCUCUCAGGAUGUAUUCCCACUGAAAGGCCUGAACCUGCUACUCUGCAAACUAUUGAAACGGAUGACAUUUGUUUGUUUGUAAGGAAGCCUGAUCAGAAUAUGGAGGCAGAACUUGCAGCUGUUCCUCCUUUAGCAGUACGGUGUUCAUUGAAGGAUGUUGUUCCUAAAAAUGCUAGUGAAGGUUGGGAAGAGGAAGCAAAGACAAAGUUUUCAGGAAUGGUAGAGAAUAAAGUUGUUUUAAUGACAAUAUUUAGAGAAGAAGAUGGUGUUCUCAUUGUGGAUUUGAAAAAAUCUCCAUUUAGUAAAAUAAGCAGUAACAUGCCAGUGUCUGUCAAGGAUGCAUUAGUUUAUUUAGACUUGGCAAGGUUUAGAUCACAGCUUCCCAGUCAGUUAGAAAAUAAUACCAUCUUCCACUAUAGUCCACCUAAGAUUCCACAAGAAAAAGAAGAAGUGUUUGUCAUAGUUUGUCACAUUAAUAGUCCGAAUGAUUUCUAUCUCCAGUUGAGAGAUAGCUUGGAUUCUUUAGCUCUUUCAAAGAAAAUUCUGGAGGUAUAUAAACAUGAGCAUGGGAACUUGGAAGUUGUCUGCCCAGUUGAAGGCCAAGCCUGUAUUGCAAAGCAGGAAGAUGGGAAUUGGUACAGAGCAAAGAUUAUAGGGCUGCCAAGUGAUCAAGAAGUUAUGGUAAGAUAUGUUGACUUCGGCAACAUUGCUCACUUACCUCUUAAAGACAUAUGCAGAGUAAAAAAAGAGUUUCUGAGCUUCCCAGAAAAGGCAAUCGGGUGCAGGCUGGCUUAUAUUGAGCCUUUUAAAGGGGGAAAUGAGUGGAAGAGAGAAGCCAAGGAAAGAUUUGAAGAAAUGACUGAAGAUAAACUUCUGCUGUGUUCAGUUGUUGAAAUAUUAAAUAAUAACAUCUUAUCUGUUGAACUCUUUGACCUUUCUGCUCUUCAUGGAAGAAGCUUUAGUAUUAACUGCCAGCUAGUAGAAGACGACCUAGCAUCUUAUGUAUCUGGGUACACUGCAAAUACUGCAGUAAGGCCCAGUGAAGUGUGGGAUGUUCCUCUAGAAGAAGUCCCUGAAACCUCAGAAACUUUAUAUCUUACAGACAUGGAAUCUGUGGGUGGACAUUUCAGAUCACUUUUUAAAAAAGAGCUACAAGCGAAAAUUAGUCAUGUUGUAUCUCCUAGUAAAAUUUUUAUACAAUGGCUGUCAUCAAAAUGUAUGCUCAAAAGUUUACAGGAGAAGAUGGAUGCCAUCUACAAAGGAUCCCAGCCACAGUCUGUGAAGUGGGAAAGCAAUAUGCACUGUGCUGUUUACAUACAUGAAUUGAAAGAGUGGCAAAGAGGUCAGAUAAGCAGGAUUAUCUCUGAAACAAGUGUAGAGGUAAUACUUUACGAUUCUGGAGCUGAAAAAACAGUGGAUAUCAGCUGUCUAAGAAACCUUGAGGAAAAUCUGAAGAUAAUUAGGACAUUAGCAAUAGAGUGUUUCUUGACAGAUAUAAGACCAACAGGUGGAAGCAUGCAGUGGACAGCAACAGCAUGUGAAUGUUUGUCCUAUUACCUAACUGGGGCACAAGUAAAAGUUAUCAUACAGGAAAGUGAUGUGGCUCGUGUGUUGCCUGUGAAAAUUCUUUGCAAAGAUGAAACAGGAAAACUGUUUGAUAUUUCAGAACACCUUAUUAAAAAUGGUUUGGCUUUUAGAAACAGAAGAACUGAUAAUGCUGAUGUGGCUUGCUCAGUCUCCAAGGAGCAUCUUAAAGUAGAUUUAGAGCAGGAGGACACACAACUGGAUGGUCGUAGCUCAGAAACUGCAUGUGCAACAAGCAGCGCUGCUCCAGAUGAAAACCUGACCUUUCCACAGACUGAACAAACAUCAUGCAAAACAUAUAAGUCACUUCUUCAUUCAGGAAUGGAUGAAAUAUAUAAAUUCCCUGUUAUACCCGAAGAGAAAAUUUUUCAAGCUGUAGUAAGUUUCGUUGGACCUGACGGAACUAUUUAUAUAAUACCAAAAUCACUUGAAAUUGAACUAAAGAAACUGAUGACUGAAAUACAAAGCAAGUUCAGAUGCCUGAGUCUUCUGGAACCCUACUGCUGGAAAAAAGGAGAAGCUUGUGUUGUGAGAGCACCAGAUACCAUGUGGUAUCGAGGUAAAGUUGUAGGAGUCGGUGGUGGUACUUUCCAGGUACAGUACAUAGACCUUGGUUGCAUAGAGAGGAUUCUUCCUUGUCAUCUGUUUCCAACUACAUUGUAUACUGGUAUUCCUCCAUUCUGCAUACCAUGCCAGCUCUAUAAGACAGCACCCAUCGGAAAUUUGUGGCAGCAGGAUGCAGUAGAUUGCCUUCAACAUCUCCUUAUAAAUGAAGAGGUUGAAAUACAUGUUCAGGAAUUACCAGACAACCCAUGGGGCAAAUUGUCCAUUAAGUUGUAUUUUGGUGGAAUAUCGCUUUCUUCCUUCAUGGCAUAUCAAAACUACUGCAUUACUGAAGAUUGUGAAGAUAUAACAGAGCUGGGGCUGCUUGAAAGAGAAAUUCCUGCUUUGCCUUCAUACGCAUUGCCAUCGCUACCUGUCCCAGGAGAUACCUUUCCUGUCAGAGUUACCCAUUUGGUGUCCCCUAAGGAGGUAUAUAUUUGCCUUGAUCCUCCUAAGAACCUUGUGCAGCAGUCUGCCACAGAGGGAGCUGCCAGCUGUGAUUUGGAGUUGGAGGGCCUUGAUGAAGCCCUGAUGUCAUGCAAUAGAAGUGUGGAGACUAUUCCUCUUCUAACACACUUCCAAACAGACAUGCCAUGCCUUGUAGAGUACCAGGAUGGUUUAUGGUACAGAGCAAAGCUCCUCUCCAUUGCAAAAUUUGACCCUGUUCAGGUCCUGGUUCAGUUUGUUGACUAUGGUAGUUUUUCAGUUGUCCCAACAAGCAGAUUACGUCACAUACCCUAUUACCUGCUGAAGUAUCCUGUUCAGGCAGUGCGGGCUCUGUUGACUGGAUUUAAACCUGCCGUAUAUGACAGAAAUGUCCAAAGAAUUCCUUAUUCCCCAGAAUGGAGUCUGGAAGCACUGUGGGCUAUGAUGGAGUGUAUUGAAGGAAAACAGCUCUCUGCUUCCAUACGUGCUCUUUCACCAGACAUCACCAUUUCUUUGUAUGAAGAUGAUAAAAAUCUAGUUCAUAUGAAACUGAUAGAAAUGGGACUUGCAGAUUUGGAUGAGUGA